GAUGCUUCGUGGUAUGGAUGGUAGGGGGGAAAGGAAUGUGGCGAGCAUCACAUGCCAGAAUCCCAUCGGAGAUGCUCCAUUCGUAGCUCCGUCGAGUCGCACAGCCACAGACACCUUGACGUCAUCAUGAUCGACGCCACUUCCCCUACCAAACGAUGCUAAUGCAUUCACAUACAUUGCAAUAACCUGUAAUCUGCUGUCCUAUAAUACUCACUCCUUCCCAUCGGAACAUACAGCCUCAAUUGUACUAAUACGAACGUCCUCCAACACACCUCAUCACUUUCUACUACCUACCAAUUCUACAAUGGCGACAUCACAUCCACCCAACGAGCCGCCGCCCAGCUACGAAGCUGCCAUCUUCGAUGCCGACCCUUCACCUGGCUUACAUCGUGUCUCCACCGAUGGUCCUGCAGCACGUACCGAGCGUAAUGGCAUCCCACCCGACCGACGGCGCUCCAUGGAGGACGAGAUGCGCGAGCUACCUCCCGGCUGGGUACGUAGCUUUGACCCAGAGACUUCACACCAGUUCUUCGUCGACACGAAGGCAGAUCCUCCGCGUAGCAUUUGGACACAUCCGUACGACGAUGAACAGUUCCUUAAUACGCUGAGCCCCGAAGAGCGUAAGAAGCACACUCGCAUGCAUAGGACCAUGACACUGGAGGACCUCACAGCUGAGGACUCCGAUGCCGAAGACCAACUCCCUCCGCGACCUACUUCCAAGGGCAAGGGUGCUGCGGCGCCUGGUGAACCUACAGGCAUACAUAAGUUCUCUCGCAAGCUAAAGGACAAGAUCACUGGCCAAACCCACACAGAACGCGAACAAGCUCGUGCCCGUCGCGCAGAGCAAGAACGUCAAGCAUACCUUCAACAUCUCCGUACACGGCAAGCACUUAUACGCGCCAUGGAAACAGGCCAGCCGCAGUUGUUAGGCAAGGACCGUCAGGGCAGAGACGUGUACAUCGAGCCACCUCAUGGUCCUUACGCUCCAAGGGGAGCUUACGGAUACAACCCAUACGGUGGCCGACAGUUCGGGAAUCCAGGCGUACGGUAUAUGCGUCCAGCUGGGCCGUACGGUAGGCCGUAUGGAUACGGCUAUGGAGGAGGAGCUGGGUUACCCAUCGCAGCUGGUUUCCUUGGUGGCGCCAUGCUUGGUGGUGCGCUGUUCUAAAGGACUGAUGGUAACGAUACCUGACAACAGGUGUCACUGGCUGAGCACAUGUCCAUCAUUAUGAUGACGAGCUUGGGGCAUAGAUAUGGAGACCUCUUCAAUGUCCUUUUCAAUACUUAAGAUAUCCUUAGUAAUGACUUACGAAUUAAACAUGAUUACGCCA